AUGUAUAGGAAUAGAGAACCACUCCAGGCCACAUAUAGACAUCCCCAUAACAGACGAGAUCACCAAAAUAGAAGCUAUAGUGAUGUAGUGAAACAGGGUUUAGACCCACACGAUGAGAGAUCCCCACAUGGAAGUAGCCUCAGAAUAAGGAGAAUGCCCUCACAGAAACAAGGAGAAACAAGAGAAUAUGAAAGAAAAAAGAGACAUUCUCCUGAACGAACACAAAGCUACAGAGAUACAGGUACUAUAGAAAACCACCAUCAGAAUCCUCGUUCCAAAUUUGAUCCAAUUAGGGAACAAAGAAGGAACGGGAAAAAAUACAGACAUCAUGAGGAUACAACGAGACUCACACAAAUUAAGGAAAGAAUGCCAGAAGAGCCUCAAACAGCACAAGCAUCUUCGCCCUCGGUUUUUUGGAGGGGACCAAUUCAGGAGAGACUCAAAUGGCGAGAGAACCCCCCAUCAUGGGAAUCCCCGGGCAAACGCCAAAGAUCAACAGAUUAUGAAACAGAAGAGGAAGAAAUAAGAAACAAAGAAAAAAGGGGGAAGAU